CUAAAAAAGCGGGGAUUGCGACUCAUUAGUAAUCUUUGAAAACCAACGUUUAUCAAUGUUCAUUGUUUUAAAUAAAAAAUGUGUCGAGUUAAGAAUAGAGGUCAAUACGGUUUAGGUGUGAUUACCAGGCACAGUGAACAAAGAUGACUUCCAAUGACUUUAGAAUUGAAAGAAAUGUGGAGUUGUCAGAAGAAACUAAGGCUAUAGCAGAAAUAGAACUCCGCGAAACUCCAGAGAGAGUACGCGAAGCUUUAGAAAGGCUCAAAGAGCUUCUCAAAGAAAAUAAAGACUUACAUUUUGGUGAAGAUGACGAGCUACUCACAAUAUUUUUGCGCCCUUGCAAAUGGUAUCCGGAGAGCGCUGUGGCAUUGAUGCGUCGGGUGGCAGAGUUUAAACGUGACAAUGCCAGCCUCCUCGACGGCCUGCUACCAGAACACGAGAAGGUAGCCUUCCUAGAGCACAAAGUUGUGAACGUUUUGAAGGGCCGCGACGAUAAAGGCAGAAGAGUUCUUAUUGUUAGCGUCGGAGGUACGUGGGACCCAAAGAAAGUGACCGCAGACCAGUUGUUCAAAAUGUUCUAUUUGAUCCACGAGGCAGCCAUGUUGGAGCCCGAGUCUCAGGUGCGAGGGACCGUCGUUCUCAUGGACUUCCACAAUAUGGGGUGGAGUCAGACUAUGGGCCUUACACCGGCGUUUUCAAAGCGUCUGCUGACGUUUAUACAAGAUGCUUUGCCUCUUCGAUUGAAAGAGGUGCACUUUGUUAAGGAGCCCAUGAUCUUCAACGUAGUAUGGAAAAUGUUCAAGCCAUUGAUUAGAGAGAAGCUAAAAACCAGAAUAUUUUUCCACGGCUCCAAGAUGUCAUCACUCCAUAAGCACAUCCAACCGACUCAUCUGCCAAGCGACUAUGGUGGCGAGCUGGAUGCUAUCGACUACUCCGCGGCCGACUGGUACCCGGUCAUCAACGAUGUACUACCGCACAUUCAAAAUUGGAACUCUUAUGGGUUUGUCAAAAAAACGUAAACCCAUGUAGUUGCUGAAUUGCCGAGAUCAGAAUGUUCUAUUUAUUAGUCUCGGCAUAUAAAAAUAAGUAGCUAGACAUUUGCCAUAAAUGAAAUUUGUAUAAAAGUGUUGAGGGAUUGUUUAGGGUGGUUGACAAAGACAGAAACUAUUAAUCUUACGUUUCAAAUGGUUAUAUAUUUAAGUGAGUACAGCUAGUAGAUGCACAGAAAUUUUCAUGAAAUUUUAUAUGAGUAAAAGUCAACUGUCCUAUUGUAUGUCAUUUUUCGAGUACCAUGGAUGAGAGAUUUGGAUUUACUUCGGACUGCAUAUUGUAACCUGUAAGUGUGUGUUAUUUUAAGUAAAGACAUUUUAUAAUAAAGAAUAUCGUAUAUUUUCAUAAGUAGAUUUUUUUAAGUAUAAAAUUAUUAAUAAGUAUUUUUACCGACAAGUAUGAUUUUUGUUGAUAAAAAUUUACGUAGGUACAAAUUGUUUUAAUUUCAUUUUGUGUUUAGAUAACAUUAAUAACGUCUUUAUGAUUUAUAUAUUAAUAAUUUUUGUUGGGAACCAUUUUAACAACUUGACAAGAUAUGAGAUAAAUAAAGAAUACUUACUUAAUUAACUGCUUCUGUCUUGAAAUUCAAAUAGUAACUCUAGACACUCGUGGAAUCACUUAUACAUAACACACAUCAUUGCGAAGUGUUUUAUGUAAUGAGACAGUGUUGAAAACGUUGAUUUUUGGUUUUUAUUCAAGUAGCAUCUUCAGAGUGAUCUUUUUUUUAACUACGAAUAUAAGUCAAUCGUAAUUAAUGUUCAAAUUAGAGUAAGAUAUAUGUUCAUUAUCAGUUUAAAUCCCUAUUACUGUAUGACUAUGAAAGUACCUUUCAAUAUCACAACCUAAUUACAUGUUAUAUUAUCAAAUACGUAAUAUAUUUUUCUAAGAGCAAAGGAUUCCAUACACGGGACGAACCAUUGCUAGACAAUCUGUCGCAAGCAAUAUAAGAAGCGACGGAUUGAAAAUAUUAUGUCCAAAUACCAAUAUCGCAGGCGAUUUCGGAGGUCGCAUGGAAUCUGGAGCGUUUCCACCUACAAUUACAAUCGCGUUAAUGGCUAACGAGCUUUUUGCUAUACCAUUAACAAACAUUCCGUUAAUAUAUUGUAAAUUUUACUAGUGCGUCAUACACAUACCUAAUAGUUACAUGAGUUACUAACGAUCCCGAUGCAAACGAGUCAUAGUGAUUACAAGACCUAUCGCAUAUGUGUGGAUAGAAGUUUCGAAGCGAUGGAUCGCUGCGAAUGGGAAAAAGAAAAAGUAGGAGCAAAUUUCAUGACAUUUAUAUAUCAAACCACACCUAUACAUAUAUUUUGUUAUAUUUAUGUAAUAUUAUGUUUAGAUUUGUCAUAACUAUGUCUAGAUUAUACCAAUGAAUUAAAAUUAAUAUUUAAUAAGCUAGCUUCUUUUUUAUCAAUAUUAAUGUUAGUUUUAUCUUACGAAAAAACAGCUGUGUAUACUGAGCUAUACUCUUAACCAGACCCUUCACUUUUAGAUUUGUUUACAACCGCAUUAGCACCAGUGUAUUUAUAUGUCGAAACAUCAUAUUAUCUUAUGUAACACUUGUUGCUUAAAAUGAUAUAUAAUUACGGGCUUUUUCAUGUCAGGGUCUAUCUAGAUUUAAUAAUAAAGUUUUAAGUAUGAACUUCUUUACUGUGGCUGUGAGUGAAAACGAUGUCUUUCCCAUUUUACAUUCUUGUGAAACUUCUUCUCGGUCCCAUUCAAUUUACAGCACCGGCCCUGUGGUCAAGGUAGAAAGAGCAUUAUCCUUCGGUACCCUGUGGCUUUCUUUUAUGACAUAAAUUGUAUUUCAGUUUUUUAUUAUUUAUCAACUUUCAUUCUAAGAUCUUUGUGCCCCUUAAAAGCGUCAUCAAAGUAUUUUUUUUGUUUGAAAUAGUUUUUUCGCAUUUGUUAUAUAAGUAUAUGCGCCUUCUACAAAACCCAGUGCCAGCUCUGUCAAUACAUAAAGUUCAAGUUGUUUGCUAUUGAACAUAACAGAUUAUUCUACUUUGCUUGUAAAUUUAAUUGAAAAAUAAAACAUUUUUUUGAGAUGUUAGUUACUUCAUGUUUUGUAUGUAGGAACGUUCUAUUGAAAAAGUUACAUUAUAAAAUAUAUGUAAAAGGAAACCUGUAGCCAAAUAUUUUUGUUAAGGAUUUAUGGCCGUGAAUCAUGGGAAGAAAUAUUGAAUAAUAGUAAAAAUAAUUGAAUGUCUAGAAAACGAAACUUUGAAUCCGCGAAACAUUCCAUUUAAACAUUUUUUUGCUCAUUAUCUGCCAUUGCUCAAGUAAUGUAACUUCAUAAGUUUAUGAAGCAUUUUGUAUCAGUAAAUAUUGGUUAUCUAUGGAUUAAAACA